CUCCACGAACCCUCCUCCAGCUCCCCACAACCCGCGCAGCCGCAGGGGAUUCGAGUCGUCAAGGCGACAAGGGAUCGCUACGAGCGCGAGCGAGGCGAGAGAUCUCCCCAUCUCUCUCGCGCUCGCCUCGCUCGGUCGCCGCCGAUGUUGAGGACGAAGACCCCGCGGUCGCGCGGCGGCAAGGCGCGCCGCGCCCCCGCCGCUGCGGCGGUGAAGGCGAAGGCCGCGGCCGAAGGGAGGUCGCCGUCCGGGGAGCUCUCGCUGCAGCUGGAGAACGUCUCCCUCGUCUCAUUCCUCUCCGACUGCCGCGGCGCCGGGCCCACGCCCUUCGAGGCGCUCCUGGAGGAGGAGAGCUCCCUCGACGACCCGACCCCGCCGCCUCCGCUUCUUCUGCCUCCGCCGCCUGAGGUCUCGCCAAUGGACGCCGACGAGCCCAUGGAGGAGAAGGAUUGCUGCAUCCUUAGCCAGGAUUUCUUCUGCACCCCGGACUACAUCACGCCGGAGAUGCCGCAGCUGGCCAACGAUUUCGAGGCCAAUAAGGAGAAUACCCCUUGCCCCAAAUCUCCGGAGAAGUCAAUGAACGGUCGGAGCAAGAGAUACAGGAGAGAUUGUUCUCCCAAAGGUCUCGAAUCCACCAACUUUUCUUUCCACCAGCAGAUUACUCCAGUCCAGUUUGACAGUCUAAGUCGAGAUAAUUCGGAGGAAGACCAGCUGAUGCAACCUGCAUUGCAAAAGAGGGGUAGUUAUGUCUCGCAGUCGGCAGUGGCUCUGCGCUGCCGGGUGACGCCUCCACCAUGCAUCAAGAAUCCGUACCUGAGUAUAGAUCCCCUAAUAAAUGAUGAUGUUUACGGCGGGAGGCAAUGCAAAUCAUCAGGAUUUUCUCCUUCGAUUGGUGGUGAUAGCCUCUCACGCUACAGAACUGAAUUCCAUGAAAUUGAGAAAAUUGGUCAUGGCAACUUCAGUGUUGUGUUCAAAGUUCUGAAGAGGAUAGAUGGGUGCUUGUAUGCAGUAAAACGGAGCAUCAAGCAAUUGCAUAAUGACAGGGAAAGGAGUCAAGCAGUGAAGGAAGUCCAAGCUUUGGCAGCCUUAGGUGCUCAUGAGAACAUAGUUAGAUAUUUCACCUCUUGGUUUGAGAAUGAGCAACUUUAUAUUCAGAUGGAACUCUGUGAUUGCUGCCUAUCUAUGAACACAAACCCGCCGCUGAAUUGUGGGGAAGCCCUGGAGCUGCUGUAUCAGAUCUGCAAAGGCUUGGAUUUCAUCCAUGAACAUGGCAUAGCACACCUUGAUGUGAAGCCUGAUAACAUAUAUGUCAGAAAUGGUGUUUAUAAGCUUGGAGAUUUUGGUUGUGCUACACUUAUUGAUCAAAGUUUGGCAAUUGAAGAUGGAGAUUCACGUUAUAUGCCUCCGGAAAUGCUGAAUGAUAAGUAUGAGCAUCUUGACAAAGUAGACAUCUUUUCUCUUGGUGCGGCCAUCUAUGAGCUUCUAAGAGGGACCCCGCUUCCUGAGUCUGGACCUCAUUUUACAAGUAUAAGAGAGGGCAAAAUCGCCUUACUUCCAGGGUGCCCAAUACAGUUUCAGAGUUUAAUUAAGUCCAUGAUGGAUCCUGAUCCGGUGAAGCGGCCUUCCGCGAAAGAGAUCCUGAGACACCCCGUCAUUGAGAAGCUUCACAAGGCCGAGGCGAAGAAGUAGAGUGCCGCUGCGCCCAUCAGAUCCCAGCUGCAAGAGAGCAGGCGCAGCUGUGUCACUCACCAUCAGCUGCUGCCAAUUUUGUAUAUCUAUUGAGAUGACUCUCUAAACGGUUCACAAGGAAUCUGUUCUCUCCCAGUGAUAGCUAAUAUGCGUGCCCUGAUCUGAUAUUGUAUAGAUACUUGAAACUAAGCAGUCAGGAGUGAUCUGAUAUGUUUGCAGCAUAUUCUUCGGUCCUCGCCAUCGUUCCUGUGAAAUUCUUGCGCUCUAAAAAGGGUGUAUUUCCCUGUGGAAUCACUGUACUUCAAUCUAUGUUUUUUUUGUCAGAACUUACAGAUGCGGUUUAGAUUAGGGCGCACGAGCAGCAUGAAGCAUUUUUUGUUGAUGACUUGAUGCUGCAUUUGUUGAGUGAGGUCGUGAAAAUUAUUACUCCAGUAAAAAAUGGGACUUUGAU